CGCUCUUCUCUUCCCUGUUUUUACCUUUCACCGAUCUGUGUUGCUGAGUGCCGACUCUCCGUCGCUGAUCUUCAUCCCGCCGUCUAAUUCGCCGAUUUCUCCCGUUGAUUCUGAAACCUCCGUGUCUCUCCUGUGUUCCAAAGCGCCAUUCAGAGAAAUCGUGGAAAGUCUGAUGGAUCCGCAGACGCAGAACACUUCAUUGCAGCGACUCCAGAAUGUCGAGAGGAGGGUUGUCAGGGUUUUGGAUAUAGCCGGAGGAGUGAUGGAAGAACUCGCGAGCCCAUCUGGGCCCAAGAAAGAGUUCGUCAACAGUCAUUGCCGAGAGUUCAUGCAAUCGAUGAAGGUUGCUUACUCGAUCCCUUCUUUACGACUGCAUUUGGCAUUCCAACCUUAUGUCUUGGGCUUAACACUAGGGAUGAUUGCAUUUCGUGAACAAGUGAAAGGCUUAGUUUGGGGUUCUGAUUUUGGGUUUGGUCUAGAUAUUCAAAUGACACUGAGGGAAGAGAUCAAGAGCGCGUGCGAGUACCGUCCCUUUGAAAAAUGUGAUUACAACGCAAGAAUAGCGAAUGAGAUCUGCUUCCAGAAGCUUGAAUAUGUUCUCACACAGCUUGAUGAUCUGAAACAAACUGCUGACCGCUAUCCUUCUUCCGCUUGAGCUUGCUUUUGAAAACUUACUUGAAGCUUUCUCUCUUCUUCAUUGGUAUUACUAAUAUUAUAACUCGAGGAACCCAUUGUGAUAUACUUUCUAGAAGAAGAGUAGUAUAGUCCCGGUUUUUGUGUGUUGAGUCGCUUGUGGCGCAAGUUAUAUAUUCUUCUACUUACUCCAAUUCAUUUUGGUUUGGUUUACAACAUUCACAUGCAAUGAAUCUGUUCCAAUUUACAUAUUUACAUACAUCCACUGGGAAUGGGAGUUGACCACUCCAGCUGUAGGAGAGAACCGGCCUAAUUUUGGAACCAAAUGAGUCAUAAUAUAACCGGUUACAUGAUGAAACCAAAGCGGUUAGAAAGGGCUUCUCAGAUCCGGUAGGCGGUUACGCCGUUUCCUGGCCUGUUAUUAUUCCAGCUCAAUAGACGCGUUUGAUUGCAAAGAGGGAGAAAAUUAGGGUUUAGAGUUGGAGAUGGGAAGAGGAAAGAAGAAGAUCUAAGGAAACAGAGAGAGGGAGAGAUAGAUCAGGGAUUAUCCCAUUUUCCUUCGUCUCUCUCGGCGAUCUGUGAGGAUGAGGCUCCAAUCGUCGCCGAUCUCUGAAAUGGACACCACUGACGAUAUGCACGAGGCGUUGUUCGCAAAGCGGGGUUGCUGUUUCCUCAUGCCCUGUCUCGCCUCAUCUCACUCGUCCUCUCGCUGCGGAUCUGUGUGGUGGCAGCGGAUCAGGACCGCCGAUAAACUCGAGCCUGACGAACGGUGGUGGAUUCGCGGGUGGCGGAAGAUGAGGGAGUGGUCGGAGCUCGUCGCUGGCCCUAGAUGGAAGACUUUUAUCCGCCGAUUCGGGCGCAACCAUUGCUGCGGCGGAGGAGGAGGACCCGGAAACAGCUGCGGUUCAAUCGCUAACCGGUCAAAUCACGGAAAAUUCCGGUACGAUCCGUUGAGCUACUCGUUAAAUUUCGACGACGGAAAGCAAACGGGGCAUUUUGACGACGAGUUUCCGUACCGAGAUUACUCGAUGAGGUUUGCUGCGCCAUCCUUGCCGGUGUCCACGAAAAGCUCCAUGGAUUUCGAUAGCGACAUGGAGGCGGCACCGCUUCAUAAGUGAAGGUCACGCUCUUCCCUUUCUCAUCAGAGCCCAGCUGGUGUUGCAGUCUAACGUGCGCCGAAUCGUGUGUGUGUGAUCAAAUGAGAGGGCAUAAUCAAACUAUCAAAGAGUCUUCUUUUAAUCACGGUUUUACUUUUUUUUCAAAAAAAAAAAAAAAUAUAUAUAUAUAUAUAUCUAUACUGUUUGGCUCGUAAGAUUAAUAAUAGAAUGAUUGCAAUUUGCCAUAUAUAGAAAGGUAUUCGACGAUAUAAAAGAGUUUUCUUUGAUGACUCAACAUAAAUUAUUU